AUGAACGACGAAAACGAGGCAGCAAUUGAGGGUGUCACCUCAACCAAGAGCCCACAAGAACAUACUAUAUAUCGCGGUAAAUCAGUCGAAGUUCCUUCAAAGCUAGCACUUCGCCGACAAAAGACUCACGUCGACGACAACCAUUCAGUUGGGACUAUUUCGACUUCAUAUUCCAAGGCCCAUUCUGCUACCUUUUCGGCUCCUCACUUCGACUUCCACAUGCAUUCUCCAUCGGCGACGACUCCAACCACAUCUCGACCUCAAAGCCCAACAAGGCUGACCUCUGCGCCGGGCCAAGCCAUGAAGCUUGGUCUUGUUGGUAUCGGGGAGCAUGUGAACGCAUUGCCCUCAGGCAAGUUCGCAGAUUUGCCAAUUCUUUCUCGAGAUUCCCGCCUACCAGAAUCCCAGCUCCCCUCUGGCGGAGCUAGUACUCCGACUGGUAUCUACAGCGCGGCUGAGUCACCGAUUAGUGCUCGAGAGUCCGACUCUGGUUCUGAUAUCUGUCGCUCUGAUUUUGAUUUAGAGAGUGCUGCCAACAUUGCUUUAUCCCGUUCUCUUGGAGUGUGUCUUAACCGACUCAGUCACCCUCUUCGUGUCAUCGAGGCGUUCUCCAAGUUUAAAGAUCAGUGCGUCGAAAUUCUGCAGCAAGAGGAAACGUUCUCGACAAUUGACUGGGAUGAUGACGGCUUUUCCUGCUAUGACGUCGAAGAGGGAGAUGCUAGCGACGGCAACUCGGCAUUUGAUGAGACAUCAAAUCGAGCUCAACAAUCAGAGUCAGGAACAAAGAAGCGACCGGCUGAAGAGCGAGGCGGAGACGAUGGGCACGACGAGAUGGACGAGAAUGCUGGUCAAGACCAGGGCCCAACAAGAAGAGGACGCAGCAAGAGACGAAAGAUCGGGCGUCCAGGGGGUUUCAGCUGUCCCUUUAGAAAACGCAACCCCUGGAGAUUCAACGCCCGGGAUUUCGAUGCUUGUGCCAAUAAGCCCUACAAGCAAAUGGCAGAAUUAAAAGAUCCCGAAGAUGGCGUGGACAGUCUCAAAGAUGAGUCUCUUAAAAGUCGUGCUGCCGGCUGCAAAAUUCAAACUUGGGGGCAAUUGUGGAAUCUGCUUUUUCCCGAUGAUGAAGAGAUACCUUCGCAAACUUUUGAUCCUGUGAUAGAACACCACGACAUAGCCGCUGAGGGAUGUGAGACUUUCGUCCUGAAGACUGCCGAAGACAUCUUCGCUUUUAUACCACAAGGUUCUGGUCUGUCAUUACAGACCAUUCAGGAGAUCCUACAUAGAGGGACGAAAGUUCUUCUCCAAGGCUCCAAGUAUGCUGACUAUGAGCGUUACAAGAUGGUGGGAAACAACAAUAUGAUGCAGAUGUCAACACCCAUGAAGGGCAAGGCUGCUGUUUCGGUGAUUCACAGUCAAGUCGACGACGUUUUCGAUGAUGGCGAGUCGCCGGGUGUAAUUGUCACACUACAAUCUUCGCCCCAGGGCGCACCUGUGAUAUACAAUAGUACAUCAACUGGUUUGAAGUCCUCUUCAAUUGGCCGCGAACGACUGAUUGCACCUAAAGUUGAGCGAGCCCCCACGCCAAAUGUUACCCAGAAGACUUGUCCAGCACCUGGCGUGUUGAUGCAGAAUGGGCCUCCCAUCUCCACUGGAGGUCAUCAACCCCCCAUCGUCUCGGAUCUACCAGCUGGGGACACUUUCGAUUGGCCAGGCGUGGACUUUCAGAACUGGGAUGGGGGCUACGGGGACGAGUUUGUGUGUAUGGAAGGUGCGACCACCGAAGAUUUCUGGCCGUCAUACAUGGUCUCAAAACCUGGAUCAACCUCCCAGACAUUCACUAGUCCGGGGAGUCACAGCUAG